CGCCGCGCGGAGGGCGGGCCGGAGGUCGCGCCGAGGGCAGCGGGUCGCUGCGCCAGGGCAGCGCGCGCGCGCGUUUUCCUUGUUCCUGGUCAACAAAGAAAUGUGGAAUAUCUCAGCUGAAUCCUCAUACAGACAAGAUCAUUAUGGUGCUGUUAGGUAGGGCUUGUAUCCAGAUGUAAGGUUGAAAAAGUGAUAUAAUAGUUGAAGGAACAAAGGAGAAAACUCAGAAGGAAAGAAAAAAUUGAAAAUGUACUAUCUUCUUAUCUAAAGGACUUUGAUUCUUAAUGAAUGGGCAAGAAAAGACCUCCUGAUUUGUGAAGAGAGGCAACAAUAGCAACAGCUUUUCCCCUGAGUGAUUACUGUAUUGAAGUCAAGCCUGAAACAAUGGAGAAUGAGGUGUGUGAACAGGAUUGCUUCUGAAACAAAAGCUUCCACCCAGCCACAUCUUGGGAAGAGAAUGGCCACUUCUUGGGGCACGGUCUUUUUUAUGCUGGUGGUAUCCUGUGUUUGCAGCGCUGUCUCCCACAGGGACCAGCAGACUUGGUUUGAGGGUAUCUUCCUGUCUUCCAUGUGCCCCAUCAAUGUGAGUGCCAGCACCUUGUAUGGAAUUAUGUUUGAUGCAGGGAGCACUGGAACUCGAAUUCAUGUUUAUACCUUUGUGCAGAAAAUGCCAGGACAGCUUCCAAUUCUAGAAGGGGAAGUUUUUGAUUCUGUGAAGCCAGGACUUUCUGCUUUUGUGGAUCAACCUAAGCAGGGUGCUGAGACUGUUCAAGGGCUCUUAGAGGUGGCCAAAGACUCAAUCCCCCGAAGUCACUGGAAAAAGACCCCAGUGGUCCUGAAGGCAACUGCAGGACUACGUUUACUGCCAGAACACAAAGCCCAGGCUCUGCUCUUUGAGGUAAAGGAGAUCUUCAGGAAGUCACCUUUUCUGGUACCAAAGGACAGUGUUAGCAUCAUGGAUGGAUCCUAUGAAGGCAUAUUAGCUUGGGUUACUGUGAAUUUUCUGACAGGUCAGCUGCAUGGCCACAGACAGGAGACUGUGGGGACCCUGGACCUGGGGGGAGCCUCCACCCAAAUCACGUUUCUGCCCCAGUUUGAGAAAACUCUGGAACAAACUCCUAAGGGCUACCUCACUUCGUUUGAGAUGUUUAACAGCACCUAUAAGCUCUAUACACAUAGUUACUUGGGAUUUGGAUUGAAAGCUGCAAGACUUGCAACCCUGGGAGCCCUCGAGACAGAAGGGACUGAUGGACGCACUUUCCGGAGUGCCUGUCUACCGAGAUGGUUAGAAGCAGAGUGGAUCUUUGGGGGUGUGAAAUACCAGUAUGGUGGCAACCCAGAAGGGGAGGUGGGCUUUGAGCCCUGCUAUGCCGAAGUGCUGAGGGUGGUACAAGGAAAACUUCACCAGCCAGAGGAGAUCCAGAGAAGCUCCUUCUAUGCUUUCUCUUACUAUUAUGACCGAGCUGUUGACACAGACAUGAUUGAUUAUGAAAAAGGGGGUAUUUUAACAGUUGAAGAUUUUGAAAGAAAAGCCAGGGAAGUGUGUGAUAACUUGGAAGACUUCACCUCAGGCAGUCCUUUCCUGUGCAUGGAUCUCAGCUACAUCACAGCCCUGUUAAAGGAUGGCUUUGGUUUUACAGAUAGCACAGUCUUACAGCUCACAAAGAAAGUGAACAACAUAGAGACAGGAUGGGCCUUGGGGGCCACCUUUCACCUGCUGCAGUCUCUGGUCAUCUCCCAUUGAGGCCACGCACUUCCUUGGGGGCCUGCAUUUGCCAAUAGCCUUUUUAAGGGGAGGAGAGAGGACUUAGUUUCUGAGCUAGUCUGGGGACAUCCUGGACUUGAACCAAGAGAUUUAGAUUUAAUGUGAACUGCUGCCUAACCACUUGAAUACACAGUUGGCACCAGAGCAUCACAGAGAGCCGUGUAAGCCAAAAAGUAUAGCUUUGGAACUUCACCUUUGAGAGCCCAGGGACAGGCCCCUGGGAACCAAAGAAAAAUCUCAUUUCAACCCUUUGAGUGCCUCAUUCUGUUGAAUACUUUUACAUUUUCCUCUUAAAUGGUAAACUAAGCCUACUUACUGCAAUCCCAUGAUCUAUCAACAUGAGUAUUUUUUCGUCCCUAUACGGUGCCCCGCCCACCCUCAUCUGCACCCACCUCCCCCAAAAAAGAAAAAAAUACCUGGUUUUGCUUUCCAUGUAUAAUUCAACAACACAAAAGGGGACCAUGUCAGAAUCUGUGUGAUCCUGUUCUGUGUUAGCUCCAAUCAGCCAGCUGGGAGCCAUCCUAAAUAUUAUAGGAUGGAGAGUAACUCCUAAAUGUGCAUAGACUACAGCCUUAAGAAAGGAGGCCACCUAGUCUCUGGGGACAUGUUUUGGGAGGGUGUGGCUGCCUCAUGUAGCCUACCUUUCCUUUAAUCAGCUUUUCAUCAGUCAACUCUGGGAUUAAUGAACAUAUCUGACUUUAUGGGUGUAUAUUCAGUGCCAGUACCACCUCCCAGGCUAAUGUGUUAACAGUGUUUUCUAUGAUUCUAAACUCGUUUUCUUUGUAUUUCUAAGAAAUACAAGUAGGCCCUAACUUCUGGUCUGUGGUGAGAGGUCAGUGUCUGUGCUAUUCCUGGGUCUAUUAUUUCAGUUAGCCCUUUUAUUCUCUCUGUUUAUAACAGUACCUUCCUGUCCUGGCCCCUGAUCAGUUUAGCUAAUAUCCUCGGAAUUAUUUAUCUAGUUCAGAGUUUCCAACACCGUUCCUGACAAAACCCCACAUGGAUUUGGUUGGUGCUGUCAGCGCACAUCAGAACACUGGACCAACAUUUCCAAGGAGAACCAUAUUUAAUGUCCCUCAGGUUCUCCUUUUUGAAUCAAAGUGGUCAGAGCUCUUGACUGUGAUUUAUCCCAAAUUCAUUAUCUUGCACUUUUUUUUUUUUUGAGAUGGAGUCACUCUGUCACCCAGGCUAGAGUGCAGUGGUGCAAUCUUGGCUCACUGCAACCUCUACCCCGCCACGUUUAAGCGAUUCUCAUGUCUCAAUCUCCUGAGUAGCUGGGAUUACAGGUACCCACCACCAUUCCUGGCUAAUUUUUGUAUUUUAAGUAGAGACAGGGUUUCCAUCAUGUUGGGCAGACUGGUUUCGAACUCCUGACCUCAAGUGAUCUGCCUGCCUCGGCCUCCCAAAGUACUGGGAUUAUAGGCAUGAGACACCACGCCCGGCCUUAUCUUGCAACUUUUGACAUACUCAUCCCUGCUUUUCAUCUGCCCUGUAAUGCUCUUGGACCUGGAAGAUCUCCCUGUGGUCUGGCCCCUUUGCCUUGGCUCCUAACGUUCAGCUUCUUUCCAGGAGUGUUUUUAUUUCCCCAAACUUGUGGCUUUCACAGUAGACUCCGUUUCCAUCCUCUCUCAUAAAAGAUGUUAAAUAUGCCUGGCCCUCACACAGUCCAUGGAGAACCUUAUUUUUUAACAUUACUCCAUUGAGUCAAUAAAUAGACCAUCUCCCAUGUGCAAGGAACGAGGCAAAUUUCUGUAUCCUUGUCCCUGAAAUUCUUGUUGUCUUUAAAUUCAUUUUGGAAUUUUCUUCAGACUUCUCACACUGACUUUUAUUACUAAGGUCACCUUUACACCAACUGCCUUCCUCAAAAAAUCCUUAUAAUGAAAUAACAGAAUCUUGAGUUGGAAACAGCCCAAAGAAAUAAGCCAAUGUUGUACUCAGUGCAGAAUUCCCUAGAAUUUCUAACAGGUUGUCAUUCAGCUUCUGCUGAGGCAUGUUCAAACAGCUUAUUCCACUUGGGACCGCACUGAUGUUAAAAAAUUCCUUAUAUUGAGCUGAAAGCUACCUGUCUUCUAAGUGGUCUUAGUUCUGCUCUAGUCUCUUCUUCCAAAAUCUUUCAGUAUUUUGGAAAAAAGCUCCUCCCAAGUUCCUUGAGUGACAUGACUUUUAGAUCUCUUUCCAUCUUUGUCAAAAAAAAGUAGGGUGCCAGACCAGUCACAGAAUACUCAAUGUCAUCCAUGUUUCCUCCAGUAGAAACCAGUAGUUUUACAAGAGGUAAUCUGUGGGCUUGGUGUGGUGGCUCAUGCCUGUUAUCCUAGCACUCUGGGUGGCCGAGAUGGGUGGAUCACGAGGUCAGGAGUUUAAGACCAGCCUGGCCAAGAUGGUGAAACCCCAUCUCUAUUAAAAAAUAAAUAAAGAGGUAAUCUGUGUUCAUUCAAGGUUCUUCCAGCUUGACAAAUGCAGAGAUGUAGAAAUCUCUGGUCUUUAUUCACAGCAGGGGCCAUUUUGUAAAGCAUACAUACUGUCCAGCAGACUCCUUUGAUCAUCCCAAAUACCUUUGAACUCUAGGGUAGCUGCAGUCUAACUCCAGAAACUUAUCUAUAUCUUUUGUUAAUUUUGAUUAGACCUUCUGGAGAAUUAGCCAACUUGUCCAUCAUACAAGCAGUUUGGAAUGAGAAUUUUUUAAAAAAACUUUUUUCUGUAAGGCCUAUCCUGCCUGCAGUGGAUCCUUUGGGCUUUUUGUUAAGAAUUUGUAAGAGGUCUUACAGAUUCUAAUAGUUUCCUCUUUGCAAAUGUGUUAAUAUAUUUAAAAUACUUAGGACAUGGCCUGGCACAUGACAGAUGUUAACAUCACUUUAGUAUGAAGAACAUCCUCGUGGGUCAAUGGAGGUGUCCCUUAAAAUUCUUCAUCUUACCCGAUUUUGUUUGCAAAAAGAAUCUUCUGGAGAGUCUGUGUCUUCCUCACCUAGGCCACCUUUCCAUUUUUUUGUGAAAAAUGAACUUGUCCCCAAAGCCUCCACCAGUAGUCACGUAGCUUUGCACAGCAGCUGCCAUCUUUAAGUCUUUUUCCUGAGAUUCCAGGAAGAUUAUGACAUUGUCACUUUUUUGUUGUAGAAUCUUUUAAAUUUUCUGCAUUUGCCUGAAAAGUGCCCCUGUGGGAACAGAUUUCUCAUGGUUCUAAAAAUUAUUCCCAAGAAUCCCUUACUUGGUUCAAAAGCAGACUGUUUCUUCUCAUUUCAUCUUCAAAUCAGACUUUUGGGCAAGAUGUUCUUUAUAGUAAGCAAAUCCACGACCUAAAAAUCUCUUAACGAGGCAUCUCUGGUCUUGUGAAGAGACCUCUUCAAAAACCCAAUGUAAAACUCCCCUCCCUCCAGCUGGCCACCAGUCUGCCACCAAACAUGAACAAAUUCUGCUGCUAAUCAAUUUCCCUUUUGAUCUGGUUCCUAAGGUUUUUGGAUCUGUGCAAUGAAUUAUUUAUUAAACAGACAAUGGUGUUCCAGAAAGGAACCAUAAAAUGGAAAUCUGGUGCUGUGAUAAAGUAAUAACUAGCAUUAAUAAGAUCUGGUUUUGAUUUCAGCAAAUCCAAUGUACCUGUAACAAAGGUUGAAGCAAUUUACAUUUAAUUUGCAUUCUGAUGUUAAUUUUUAAACAGCAAUUCUAACAAAAAUGCAUCAACUGAGUAUUUGUAAUUCUUACCUCUAUCAAAAAACAACUAUAAAUUUAUGACCAGCACUAAAUAUAUAUAUAUAUAUAUAUAUAUAUAUUACAUAUAUAUAUAUUUUCUCUUUAGAAGUGAUUGUUAACAAUUAGAAAUGAGUGAGACAGCACCUGGUGGGUUUUUGUUGUUUUAGUAAUAAAAAGCUCUUUUCAACCAAAUUGUAAUAGUCUUCCUUCGAAGUUUUUACCUUUGGUCUGGCUAAUAUAUACUCCUCACGGCAAAUUGUCAUUCAUUAUUUGGGUGCCAGAUGCCCAUUAAGCAAAGAAGAAAAAGAAUUCUCAAGUAAAGUAAAUUUAUUAAAUUAAAUUACAUCUUGAAAAUAUGUAUGACGGUCUUGUGGCAGGAUGUUCUUUUUCAUCAAUGUAAUCUUUAGGAGUACUCAUUUGCUUGCGAAGGCCAUAAUCUGUUCCUGGAGAAAAAAGUGAAACUCUUAACAUUGUAAGGUGAAGAAAAGAACUUUAAAAUAUCCAAGGUGAUUAAAGCAAAAACUUAGCAAAA